CGACCUAUUACCAUUUCCGUUACGGCGCGGCACGGAUACAGCACGACAGCGUGCAUAGAGGUUUCCAAGAUGGCGAAAAAAACGCAGGCCGAGAAAACGGCACAGAACGAAGACGCUGCGAAAGGUAACGACGAUCCGAUGAACGACGACGAGGAGCCUAACUUCAGUGACCCCGAAGGAUUCGUCGAUGAUAUCACCGACGAGGAACUUUUGGGUGAUAUCUUGAAGCAGAAACCCUCGGAAACUGAUGGGGUAGAAUCUGUGAUUGUUGUCGAUGGUGUACCUCAGGUAGAUCCUGAUAAGUUGGAGAAGCUACAAUCUGUCAUCAACAAAGUAUUGGGAAAAUUUGGUACAAUAGUUAAUCAGUACUAUCCAAAGAAUGAGAAUGAUGUUACCAAAGGAUAUAUUUUCUUGGAAUAUAAUAAUCCUUUGAAUGCACUUGCGGCAGCUAAGUCCACCAAUAAUUAUAAGAUCGACAAAUACCACACCUUCAAGGUCAAUCUGUUCACGGACUUUAAGAAGUUUGAAGACAUUCCUGAGAAUUGGGAGCCUCCAAAGCCUCAGCCUUUCAAGGCUGCUAGUGACUUGCAUUAUCAUCUGUUGGAACCGGAUGCUUAUGAUCAAUUCUGUGUCCUCUGUGGCAAUGGGGCUGGUGUAUCUGUACAAAUUUGGCAGAACUCUGCACCCGAACCCACUUUACUCGAAGAACGUAACCGUUGGACGGAAACAUAUGUAAAGUGGUCGCCGCUUGGCACUUAUUUAUCCACAUUCCACAAGCUAGGAGUUGCUCUGUGGGGUGGCCCACAGUUUACCCAACAGGCUAGAUUUAGUCAGCGAGGUGUCGAAUGUAUAGAUUUUUCACCCGGCGAACGUUACCUUGUCACUUACACUCCGCGCACUGAUUUGAGUUCGGAUCAGAAGCGCUUGGUGAUAUGGGACAUCUUGUCAGGUCAAGAGAAGCGGUCUUUCUUCCCCGAUGGAUCUUCCGUCUGGCCAAUCUUCCGUUGGUCGCACGAUGACAAGUAUUUAGCACGGAUGGGAGAAGACGUUCUUAGUGUCUAUGAGACCCCGUCGUUUGGUCUUUUGGAUAAAAAGAGUAUCAAGAUCCCAGGUAUUAGAGACUUCAGUUGGUCCCCAACUGAUAACGUGCUCGCUUAUUGGGUGCCGGAGGACAAAGACGUCCCGGCAAGAGUAACUCUGCUCGAAAUUCCCAAUCGCAAUGAGAUACGAAAUAAAAAUCUGUUCAACGUGGCUGACUGCAAGAUUUUUUGGCAAAAGUCCGGUGACUAUUUGUGUGUCAAGGUCGACCGUUUCGCUAAGCGCAAGGAGAAAACUGAACAAAAAUACACGGGUAUGUCGUACAACUUUGAGAUCUUCCACAUGAGGGAGAAGCAGAUUCCUGUGGAUAGUGUGGAGAUAAAAGAAUCAAUUCAUGCUUUCGCAUGGGAGCCGGUCGGCAGCAAGUUUGCUAUUAUUCACGGGGAGUUACCCAGUGUGAAUGUUAGCUUCUAUGAAGUGCGAUACGGUCAUCAGCCUGCUCUUCUCAAGAGAUUAGAGAAGAAAGCUUGCAAUCAUCUAUUCUGGUCACCUUCGGGCCAAUUCAUCGUUCUGGCUGGUUUGACGACGAUGGCCGGUGCUCUGGAAUUUAUUGACACCAACGACUUUACUAUAAUGAAUUUGACCGAUCACUAUCAAACCUCUGAUGUGGAGUGGGAUCCCACCGGCAGAUACGUCGUCACAGCGGUAUCCAGCUGGAAAACCAACGUCGAUAAUGGCUACUGGAUCUGGACCUUCCAGGGUCGUAUACUGAAGAGGGUCAACUUAAAUGCAUUCAAUCAAUUAUUGUGGCGGCCGAGACCGCCGACUCUGUUAACCGCAGAGCAGAUUAAAGAGAUUAAAAAGAACUUGAAGAAGUACUCGGCGCAGUUUGAGAGCAAGGACCGCAUGCGAUUGACGCGUGCUUCGAAGGAACUAAUCGAAAAGCGUUGCACAUUGAUGAAAGCCUUCGAGGAGUAUCGCACAAAACGUAUUGACGAAUGGAAUAAUCAAAAGAAACGUCGUCUUGAAUUACGUUGCAAUAUUGACACCGAUGAGUUAGAUUCUGAUUCGAAGAACGUGGAGGAAGAGGUUGUGGAGUUUUUCGUUAAAGAGGAAACGUUUGUCAUUGACGAAAAAUAAAUUUUCUUCUGUAAUUGUCGUUAACUACUGUGCGUUUGUCGAUCUUGGAAAUCUCGAAGUGCAAAAUAUCGGCUGGUUUCCAUCUGUGCAGUAUCGUGAUCGUGCCCGUCGUCGAUAGUUGCAGCGAUUAUUGAAUAAUCGUUGCAAUUGUCCCAGUUUUGUGAACCAUGAGUGAUAACGGACAAUCGUUACUGUAUUAUUACCAUUAUAAUAUCCGUGUUAAAACUGCUUCCGCGUGUCCGGCGCUACGCAAGAAACGCCGCCACCAUAACUAUGUUAAAUUUUACCACAUCCCUUAUCGGAUA